GGAGAAAAGGCUAGAACGGUCAAAACUCAAAAAACCUAAGCCCCCUGCGCGGUCUCCCUCACACCAUGGCGUUCGCCGCCUCCCCUUCCCUCUCCGCUCUCGCUUCCUCCUCCUCCGCCGCCUCGGCCGCGACCUCCUCUUCAUCACUCCCAUCCAACGCCUUUCACGAGCCAAGGCCUCUCCACCUCUCGCUCAAGCUCGUCUCCCCGCUCCCCAAACCCCACUCGCUCUCCUGCUCCGCGCCGCACGUCCCCCGCGCCGCCACCGGCAACGGAUCGGGUGCCGGGAACGGUGGGAACGGCGGCGGAAAGGAUGGAGGUGACGGCGGCGGCGACGGUGCAGAUGACAAUCACGAGGAGGCCGAGUUCGGCCCGCUGCUCGGCUUCGACGAGGUUCUACGCCUCGCCGCGGCGCGCGGCGUUGCGCUCCCGGGCGACAUGAUGGAGGCGGCCAGGGACGCCGGCAUCCGAGAAGUCCUGUUGCUCCGAUACUUCGAUCUGCAGGCUGUGCCGUGGCCGCUGGGCGCGAUGAUCCGCGCCUUCUCGAUGCUCCGCAACCGGAUGCUCGCCGACCCGUCCUUCCUCUUCAAAGUUGGCACCGAGGUUGUAAUUGACUCUUGCUGCGCGACGUUUGCGGAGGUGCAGAAGAGGGGGGAAGAUUUCUGGGCAGAGUUUGAGCUGUAUGCUGCUGAUCUUUUGGUCGGGGUAGUAGUUGAUAUUGCACUAGUGGGGCUGUUGGCUCCAUAUGUGAGAUUUGGAAAGGCUUCUCCUUCUACGGGGUUCUUUGGGAAAUUCAGCCGGAUGGCUGGAUCUUUGCCAAGCAGUGUUUUUGAAGCUGAAAGGCCAGGGUGCAGAUUUACUGUUCAGCAAAGAAUUGGGACAUUCUUUUACAAGGGUGUUCUGUAUGGCUCAGUUGGAUUUGUCUGUGGUAUUAUCGGUCAAGGAAUUGCUAAUAUGAUAAUGACUGCUAAGAGGAGUGUCAAAAAAUCAGACGAAGAUAUUCCUGUCCCUCCACUUAUUAAAAGUGCUGUUCUUUGGGGUGUGUUCCUUGCUGUGUCAUCUAACACUCGCUAUCAGAUUAUCAAUGGUCUGGAGCGGGUAGUUGAGGCAUCACCUAUUGCAAAACGUGCUCCACCUGUCGCAAUGGCGUUCACUGUUGGCGUUCGAUUCGCCAAUAAUAUCUUUGGUGGAAUGCAAUUUGUGGACUGGGCUCGAUGGAGUGGUGUUCAGUAAUGGUGGGUGCUCCUAGUUGUUGCAGAUACCGAAACAAUAUUAGACUUUGUCUCAAACAUGAGAUUUAGGUGGAUAUUUGUUGUUUUUUUCUUCACAUUUCCUGAUAAGUAGCGGAGGCUGGAGCUCUGUGAAAAUUAGGGAAGUCAUUUGCUAGGAGAAACCAGGAAGCACAUCACAUCAUAUGGUUGGGCAUGCAUGAGCUGAAAAAAAAAAUCAUUCUUAUUGCUGUUGAGCAAAUGCUCAGGUGUGCGUUCGUGAUUGAUCAUCAUCGCUUUUUUCAGACUGAGCGAAUAAAGGAGACCUGAAUUACCUACCAAUCACUGCCUUCUGUUAUUGUGUU